CCUUGUGAUUGGUCCUUUUCGUCACGUGACUUGCCGGAGAGCCCAACGGUCGCGGAGUUUGGCGGUUUUGUUCUUUUCUUUCCCGUGUUGUAAACAGUGAAGCGUUGUUCGUCCUGAAAUUUCGAAACUAAUUCAACAUGGCUGGUGGUAAAGCAGGAAAAGAUUCGGGCAAAUCGAAAGCCAAAGCAGUUUCACGAUCUGCGAGAGCAGGAUUACAGUUCCCCGUUGGUCGUAUUCACAGACAUCUCAAAAACAGAACUACAAGUCAUGGUCGAGUUGGAGCUACUGCCGCUGUCUAUAGUGCAGCUAUCCUGGAAUAUCUAACCGCUGAAGUUUUGGAAUUGGCUGGCAAUGCAUCAAAAGACUUGAAGGUAAAGCGUAUCACGCCCAGACAUUUACAAUUAGCUAUCAGAGGAGAUGAAGAAUUGGACAGUCUGAUCAAAGCAACCAUUGCUGGUGGUGGUGUCAUUCCUCACAUUCACAAGUCACUUAUUGGCAAAAAAGGAACUCAAAAGCCUGUAUAAUCUUAAUUUAUUUCAUAGGGAGAUUUUCUUUCUUUCUUCUUUUCGUCCCAUGUCUUAUUCCCCCUCCCCUAUUUUUUCUUCUGUGUUUUUUUUCUUUAAAUUGAAUAUAUAUUCAAACUUUUAUUUUAUUUAAAUUUUUUCAUAAUAAUAUUAUAUUAUUAUACUUGUAAUUUUAUUUUAAGUUCAUUCCUAUUUGGUUUACUUUCCUCUCCCUCAUAUAAACCGAUUGUAGUUCAAAAUUUUUGCAUCUUUUUUUUCUUUUUUUUUUCUUUGUAAUUUAACUUACCGUUUGAUAUGAUAAUGUAAUUUGUUAAAAUUUUAUGACCUAAGAAUAUUCUGAAAGAGACAUGUGCUCCAAAAAUUGAGAGCACAUAAGAAAUCAGUGUGACGUGAGUAAUUUAUCUUGAUUGAGUAAUUAUGAAGCAGGUAUUACCAAAUACAGCAGUGUAAAGAAUAUAUUUGAUAAUUUGCCAUAAAUGUAGAAUUGACCUGUAUCAUAAAUUGUUAUUUCUGGCUAGUUAUUGGAUAAUACCUAUCAUAUGAAACUGUCAGCAUUGAUAAUAUUUUUUUACGUCAUCUUUUGUCUCGAACUACAACUCUGAACAAACAUUUUUUCACAAGUUCUAAUUUUUCUGUUCUCAAGUUUAAAUACCAAAAAGAGGCAUAAAAGUUGUAGUCGAUACUGCUGUAACAUACUUAAAUUUCAGUGCACAUUUGUUUUAUAGCUCUCCCGCGCGCUUCCUUCCACAUUUUUUUUUUUUUCCCCUCCCUUACUGCUGUGUUUAUUCUAAGCCAGUUGUGGUGUGAAGUUUUCGAUUGUUGUAAAUGCAAUGCUGUAUAACAUAGAGUGCCUACAAUUCAUUGUAAAAUACGAUUUUGCCAAUCCUUGACAUGAAUUCCUCUUAUUUACCCCGGUACUCUUUAGUUUCCUUGAAAUUAGUUUUCAUCGGUCAACCUGUUUUUUAAAAUCUUUUAUAAAAAAAAAACCUGAAUCACCAAGUUCAAUUUCUUGCUUCUUCAGAAAUUUUACGUCCACUCCCCAGCCCCAACAUAAAAUUUGUACAGCCAGUAGUCAGUUUUCUGAUUUUUUUUUUUGCGAUCUAAAUUUGAGAGCACGCAAUAACUUUCCUGUGCCCUUGUUGUAUUUUUCAUAAGAGUAUUACUGUUCUCAUCCCUCUAAAUACCUACAUGUAUGUUUUUAAAUAUCUCUUUGAUAAAUUAUUAUUUCAAAGUUUUUAAUAACUUAAAUCAUUAAUAUGUACGACUUAACUUAAAAUAACUGAAAUAAAGGAUCUCUGUUUUAUAUAAU